AUGAUACUAAACGAGAAAUACGAACCUCCUUGGUGGCUUCCACUGAGAAACUCAUUAGUUAUGAGGAUUGCAACACAAACAACAGCAGAUAUAAAAUGUUUCGAGCUUUACACGACAUUUAGAAUGAAGCAAAACCCAGAAGAAUUCAUAGAAAUUUUAAGAUUUCUUGGAAUCUUCAAAUCUCAACGCAGCAAGCUUUUUUUGAUGCUAUCGAUGUGGAAAGGCAAUUCAGUGUAUUUCGAUUACCAAUUCUAUGUGCUUUCAAGGCUAUUUCAAUCUUAUGAAAUUCCAUGUCCUAAAAAUUACAUAGAUAUACUUGAUAGAUUACACAGACAUUAUUUAGUAACAUUAAGUUUGUUUUGGCAAAACAGAUUUGAAAAAAAUCCAAUCAAAUCGUUUGUUUUCGCAACGAAAUGUGCUUUUACUCAUACAGAACUCAUCAAUCUUUCAAAGUAUCUCAUGUUUGUCUAUCAAUACGAUGCAAAUGUCGCUAAUGCUUACUCAGAAAUCGCAUUAAUAGCAAUGGGAAAGCCAUUACAGUCAGUAAUAUAUAGGAGAUACGCAACUAAACUUUAUGAAAACCCCGGUUCAGUUGUUGACCCUAUUUUCCGAAGAUUUUCGAAUUAUUAUCCGAUUUCUUCUGAAGCUUACAACAUAGAGAUAUCAUCAUUGAAUGAAGAAAGUAAAAGCGAAAAUGAUAAUGCGAGCAGCACCUCGAGAUUAAGAUUCCAUUUUGAUAAUAAAAGUGUAAUCUACAGAGAUGAAGAGUCUGACAACAGUCCGAUGGCGAUGUUCGUGCAGAAGAGUAACAGAUUGAAGAGGUUUUCAAUCUACUUCUCAUUAUCUUUUGCUAUUUUAUGGUCAAUAAUUUUUUCACGAAAUAUUUCAUUAAUUCGAAGUUCAAAGCUCGUCAAAAUCGAAGAAGCAAAGAGGUUAUUGCAGCUUUCAGCGGAAUACAGUGUCAAUUUAACUGCUUGUUUCAUUGUUCAGCCUAUUUUGUCAUCAAUUGCUUCAUCAAAUUUACAAAAUUUUCAGUCUUUCAAUUUUUUGAAUGGUUUACAAAAUUACUAA